GUUUGGAGUAUGGCCUUCCGCUCUUCGCUCCCCCGGACUCCGAUGGAUGCGCCCCCGCCUUGGGUUCUCUUCGCCGCUGUUGUCCUCGACCUGGCUGCUUGCAGGUUGUAACACUUGCUUCCAGGGCCCUACAUUGUUAGGUUGUGCCUUCGUUGUUCUUCAGCGGCUAUUGUAAUAUAGUCCUCGCCGAUAGUAGUAGUUUUUGGCCGUUGUGAUACGGUUUUCUUGCUCUCCCG